AUGCAUAAAGGUGUAUUGUCACCCAACAUGGCUAUUACCCUUGCACGUUUCAUCCCUCUCAUUUUCUUGUUUAAAUUCUAUUUUGAGAUUGCUUAUGGAAAUGCAUUUUCAUCUGUCACCAAAAGUACCGAGACGAGAAACUCACAAACUUACAUUAUCCACGUAAAUCAACCAAUGGGUAGAGUUUUUGCUGAAUCAGAAGAUCUGGACAGCUGGUACAAUUCUUUUCUGCCUACUACUACUGCGAGCUCGGAGGAGCAGCAGCCACAAAUGUUAUAUACAUACCACAAUGUGCUCAGUGGUUUUGCAGCAAGACUCACCGAGGAGGAUGUGAGAGCUAUGGAAGAAAAGGAUGGAUUCGUGUCAGCGCAUCCUGAAAGGAUAUUACAUCCACAAACAACACACACACCCCAUUUCUUGGGGUUGCAUCAGAAAUUCGGAUUCUGGAAAGAAUCAAAUUUUGGAAAGGGAGUGAUUAUUGGAGUAUUAGACACUGGAAUUUUUCCUUCCCAUCCUUCGUUUAGUGAUGCAGGAAUGCCACCACCUCCUGCUAAAUGGAAAGUGGGGUGUGAGUUUAAUGUGUCCGUCUGUAACAACAAACUAAUUGGUGCAAGGUCAUUCAACAUUGCAGCUAAGGCCAUGAAGGGAGGGAAAGCUGAGACACCAAUCGAUGAGGAAGGACAUGGUACCCACACCGCAAGCACAGCUCCUGGUAGGUUUGUGAAGAAUGCUGAUGUGCUAGGAAAUGCCAAUGGCACAGCAAUAGGAAUGGCCCCUUAUGCCCACUUGGCAAUUUACAAAGUGUGCUUUGGAGAAGAUUGUCCCGAAAGCGAUAUACUAGCUGCGCUCGAUGCAGCUGUUGAAGAUGGGGUUGACGUGCUCUCACUCUCACUUGGCGAGGUUUCAGUUCCAUUUUUCAAGGACAGCAUUGCAAUAGGCUCAUUUGCAGCAAUCCAAAAGGGAAUAUUUGUAAGCUGUUCGGCUGGGAAUUCUGGCCCUUUCAACUCCACACUAUCUAAUGAUGCCCCAUGGAUUCUCACAGUUGGAGCAAGCACUAUUGAUAGAAGCAUUGUGUCCGCAGCAAAGCUUGGAAAUGGAGAACAAUUUGAUGGCGAAUCCCUCUUCCAAGCUGCUGGAUUUCCCUCAACACAAUUGCCUCUUGUUUAUGCUGGCAUGACCGGUAAACCUGGGUCUGGAUUUUGUACUGUAGGGUCCUUAAAAGAUCUCAAUGUCAAAGGGAAAGUAGUUCUGUGCAAGCGAGGAGGGGGGACUGGAAGAAUUGCUAAGGGGGAGGAAGUUAAAAACAAUGGGGGUAUUGCAAUGAUUCUCAUGAAUCAAGAAAGUGAUGGCUUCAGUACCUCAGCUGAUGCUCAUGUUCUUCCAGCAACACACGUCAGCAAUGCUGCUGGACUAAAGAUCAAAGCCUACAUAGACUCUACAGCAACACCUACAGCAACAAUCUUAUUCAAAGGAACAGUCAUUGGAAACUCAAAAUCUCCCGUUGUUGCUUCUUUCUCUUCAAGAGGCCCCAGCCUAACUAGCCCAGGCAUUCUGAAACCAGACAUCAUUGGACCGGGUGUGAGCAUUCUAGCAGCAUGGCCAUUCCCUCUUGAGAAUAACACAAAAUCAAAGUCCACAUUCAACAUCAUAUCAGGCACAUCAAUGUCAUGCCCUCAUCUUAGUGGCAUUGCAGCUUUGCUCAAGAGUUCUCAUCCUUAUUGGUCACCUGCAGCCAUUAAAUCUGCUAUAAUGACUUCUGCAGAUAUACUAAAUGUUGAAGGCACAUUCAUUGCUGACCAAAUGCUUCAGCGUGCAGAUUUAUUUGCCACAGGUGCAGGCCAUGUCAAUCCCUCAAGAGCAAAUGACCCAGGAUUGGUUUAUGAUAUUGAACCAAAAGAUUAUAUACCAUAUCUGUGUGGUCUGGGCUACAAGGAUUUGGAAGUUGGGUUCAUUGCUCGAAAUCCAAUAAAUUGCUCAGAUAUACCAAGCAUACCUGAAGGAGAUCUAAACUACCCUUCAUUUUCUGUUGCUUUGGGACCAUCUCAGACAUUUACAAGGACCGUGACAAAUGUCGGUGAGGCAAAUUCAAUUUAUGUGGUUACUGUGGAUGCGCCAGCAGGAGUUUAUGUGACUGUCCAACCUAAUAUCCUUCACUUCUCAGAGGUGAACCAGAAAGUGAGAUAUGCAGUGACAUUCAGUCGUAUUGAUUCAGGUACCAAAAUCAGAAAAUAUGGGCAAGGGUUUCUAAAUUGGGUUUCUGUUAAACAUUCUGUUAGAAGCCCAAUCUCUGUCAGGUUCGUGUAA